UAGACAGAAAUAUAGAUCAGUGGUAUUUUAGAACUUGAAUGUUACACUUGUUUUUAUUAAUCCGCAUGGAGGGUGAAAAAUCGUUUCACGUCUUUGGGAAGAAGACUUUAAAAUCUUCUCAAAUAUUUAUUGUGGCUUCAAUUAUUUUAAUGACAUUAAUAAUAACCAUAUUUUGUAUUGGUUUUCUAAUGCGUUAUGAAGUAGAUACUGAUGUUUCAAAUGUAGCCAGUGUACAUUAUUGGAAGGAUAAAUUGACAAUGGAGCAAAAAAUUUGGUUCGAUAAGGGGAUUAAAGAAUUGGAAGCUACACUCAGCCUAGAAAACGGUAAUACCAAAGUCAAAAAUGUUAUUAUUUUUGUGGUCAAUGGUAUACAUCCAACGUCUCUUGCUGCAGUAAGAUUCUUAAAUCAAAAUGAAACGAUCAAAGAAUUAAGUUGGGAGAAAUUUCCGUACAUGGCACGUUUAAAGAGUAACUGCAAUCACUUAAAGAUAUGUGAUCCUUUUACCAGGGCAACUGCUUUGUUUGGUGGUGUGCAAACGAAUGAUAAGGUUGGUGGAUUGGAUACAGCGGUACCAUUUCAAAACUGCACAGCAGCAGCUAAUCAAACACAUCACAUCAAAAGUGUACUCGCACACGCGCAGGAUAAGGGUUUGAAUACCGGUUUUAUUACAGAAAAUCGUGUCACUGGACCGAUAAUAGCAGCUUUGUAUGCACAUACGCCAGAUACUAAUUGGGAAUGCGAUGCGUCAAUGCCAAAAGGUGAACUCACUCAAAAGUGUUGGGACAUUGCACAACAAUUGAUUUUAAGUGAAACGGGUAAAAAAUUAAAUGUCAUUAUGGGUGGAGGACGUCAAACGAUGGUCACAAAUUCUUCAAUUGAUGAGUUUGACAAAGUGGAUGUGGAUGUUUGUAAUUCAGUAGACGGAAGAAAUCUUUUAAGAGAUUGGCAGCAGCAAAAGCAAACCCUGAAUCUUCACCACAAACUCUUAAUGAAUGCUCAAGAUCUUAAUGAAUUUAGUGAUAACAAAACUGAUUACUUGUUGGGUAUAUUCACAAAUAAUUACAUUAAAAGUGAUAUGAACUCAAAAAAUAUUGCAUACCAAAUGCCUACACUUAAAUUAAUGAUGAAUAAAUCAUUAGAUGUGCUCAAGCGCAAUGCACGGGGAUAUUUACUCGUUGUAGAAACAGGUGAUCUAUUACCUUCUGAUGUUGAAACGGAUUUAAAAACCCUAAUAGAACUCGAUGAACUGAUUGCAGAAAGUACGAAAAGUAGCAGGUAA